AGUCUUGCUUUUUUGUUUGUAUGUAUGCAUGUGACUUUUCGUUUCUUGAAAAAAAAAAAAAAAAAAACAGGAAUCUACAUGAUUGCCUCUCAAUUUAUUUUCAUUCUUGGAUGCUGAUAAACUUUGCUCCUGCUGGGAAGAGUCGGCAGUGGUUAAUGAUGUCCAUGGAUAAGCUUCACCACCACAAAGUUAUUUUUACUCUCCUCCUCCUCAUCCACUCAUCAGAUUACGCUCUUACAGACAUGUAUCUCAUCAACUGUGGUUCAAUCUCUGAUACUGCAAUCAGCAAUCAGUACUUCGUGGGAGAUGUGGACUCCGGCUCAUCCGACUUUUCGGUAGGAGAAAGCAGUCGGGUCGUUGAUGACAACCCAACACCAGGGACACCUUUUCUCUAUCGAACAGCCAGAAUUUUCAGAAAACAAUCUUCGUACAGGUUCCAAAUCACCCAAAAUGGCACCUACGUGGUACGCUUUCACUUCUACCCUUUCUCUACUCCAACAAAUCUUGCCGACGCUCUCUUCAAUGUUUCCGCUAAUGGGUUUUCAUUGCUGUCCAAUUUCAGUGUCCAGAACACUAGUAACCCUCCUGUAAUUAAGGAAUUCGCAAUCCCCAUAGAGGUGGGAGAAUUCAUGAUCUACUUCACACCUCAAAAAUCAUUUUUUGCUUUUGUAAACGCCAUAGAAGCCUUUAUUGCUCCGGAACGUUUCAUUUCAGAUGGAGUUAGUCACGUUACUCCCGUAGGGCUUAAAGGCACUUACAAUGGUUUGUUAUCUCGGGCUUUUCAUAUAAUCCAUAGGAUUAACGUUGGAGGCUUCACAAUCACACCAAGUAAUGAUCUACUGUGGAGAAGUUGGACACCAGAUGAUGACUAUCUAUUUCUCCCAAAUUCUGCAAAUAACAUCGAGUUCUACGGUGAGCUUAAUUCCACGGCAGCUGCUGCAAAGUUGGCCCCAGAUAAUGUCUACAAGACUGCCAAAGAAUUGAACAUAAAUCAUAGCAGGUCAUCAAAUUUUUUCAAUAUGACGUGGGGUUUCGAUGUGAAUAAGAAUUCUACCUACUUCGUGAGGGUGCAUUUCUGUGACAUAAUUAGCCAAGAUGUUGAUGGUAUUGUGUUCAAUUUUUCCAUCUACAAUCAGUUCAUUGAUAAGAUCUAUCCAUAUAACAUUACUCACCAUCCAGCAACUCCCUUUCACCGUGAUUAUGUGGUUGAUUCUGAUGAUUCUGGAUAUGUGAAUAUCAGUGUAGGCCCUCGUAGUAAAUCACUGAACCAAACUGCUUUUCUGAAUGGACUUGAGAUCAUGGAGAAGAUCGAGCGAUCUGGUGCAUACCCUGUGCCUAGCAAUCCGAAUAAGACUCUUGAGUCUCCGCCCAACAAUCCGAAUAAGACUCUUGAGUCUGCGCCCAGCAAUCCGAAUAAGACCCUUAAGCCUGCGCCAAGCAAGCCAAAGAAGAACUUCAUGUUUGCAAUAGCUGGUUCUGUUGUUGGAGUGGCUUUUGUCCUUAUGCUGAUCGGAGUGUUCAUGAAAUGCAGGAAAGCAAACCCUGUUGAGACCGGGGGUUGGUCUGUGCUUCUUUAUGGAGGGAGAUCUUUUUGGAAGACAAAUGGUAGAACUGCCGACAACUCCUCUGUUUCUAGUUUAAACCUCGGCUUAAAACUACCCUUUUCUGAAAUACUGCAUGCCACUAAUAACUUCAACCCAAAAGUGAUCGUCGGGGAGGGUGGGUUCGGGAAAGUUUAUAGAGGAACUCUUCGAGAUGGUAAGAAAGUGGCUGUCAAACGAAGUCAACCAGGGCAACGCCAGGGCUUUGCUGAAUUUCAAGCUGAAAUCAAGGUCUUAUCCAAAAUUCGCCACCGCCAUCUGGUUUCCUUGAUUGGAUACUGUGAUGAGAGGCAUGAGAUGAUACUGGUUUAUGAAUUCAUGGAAAACGGGACUCUGAGAGACCAGCUGUACAAUUGGAAUGAGGACUGCACCAUAUCAACUCCCCGAUCACAACUGUCUUGGGAGCAAAGGCUUGAGAUUUGCAUUGGUUCAGCAUGCGGUAUUGAUUACCUUCACACUGGUUCUGAUGGGGGAAUCAUUCACCGGGAUGUUAAAUCAACAAACAUUUUGCUUGAUGAGAAUUAUGCGGCCAAGGUUUCUGAUUUUGGUCUUUCAAAAUCAGGCACUUCGGAUAAAUCUCAUAUCAGUACAAAUGUAAAAGGCAGUUUUGGUUACCUUGAUCCAGAAUAUUUCAGAUGCUUGCAUUUAACGGAUAAAUCAGAUGUAUACUCUUUUGGAGUGGUUCUUCUGGAAGUGCUUUGUGCUAGGCCGGCUAUUAAAAGAUCAGCUCCCAGUGGGGAAAUGAAUUUAGCUGAAUGGGCCAUGUCAUGGCAAAAGAAAGGACAGCUCGAAAAUAUUGUUGAUCCUUUUCUCCUGGGUAAAGUUAAUCCUAACUCAUUGCGAAAAUUCGGAGAAACGGCAGAGAAGUGUUUGAAAGACUCGGGUGCUGAUAGGCCUAAUAUGUCCAAUGUCCUAUGGGACUUGAAAUAUGCUCUUCAGCUCCAACGAGUUACAAGGCAGAGAGAAGGAUAUGGGGACAGCAUAAUAGAUGCUUCAUUGGAGUUCCCACUGCCAAUUGUUCAGUACUCGCCUUCUCCCAGCUUUCUGAUUAAGGAAUAUGAUAUCCCCACGGAAAGUGGUGAUGGUUCAGCGCCAACUGCUAGUCAAGUGUUCUCCCAACUGAGAAUUGGUGACGCCAGAUGAUCUCAACUGGUAUGAGGUCUAGUUGUGUGGCUUUAGGCGCUUUACUUUCUUUAGCUUCUCUCUGCUGUUGAAUUUACUUUCCUGAUUAAGUUGUCUUUGUUUCUUCUAAUCCA